CGAGCCUGUCAUCCCUGCGGGGUCGGCGGGGUGCGGGCGGCGAUGCACCGCUGUCCGUCGCUCAAGGGCCGCGCCGGGCUCUUGUUCCCCGCCCCGCGGCCCCGCCCCUUGCCCCACCCCAGCUGGGAGACCUAACCCCGGCCGCAGCGCAGCGGCCGCAGCAAAAUCCCUCUCGCCGCCGCUGCUCCGCCCCAUCCCCUUCUGUUUUUCUCUCAUUCUCCGGUGGCGGCGGCGGGGAAGGCGGAGGAGAGGCAGAAGCAGCCAGCUGUGUCUGCAAUGAAUGAUCCCCCAGCUGAAGGGGAGGACUCCAGUCUGUGCACAGAAAACCGUGGAGAGCUGUGGAGGCCUGAACUGCAGCAGCCUCGGGGCCAACUCCCUGCAUCCCCACCCUGGGAGGCUGCAUGCGGAUUGAAGAGCAGUGUCUGGGGGCUGGGCCAGCCCGGCUGAUCCCGACCUAGGAAUAGGACAGGAGGACCUCCCAGGCUGCAGAGUGGCCCAUCUGGAAGGACAGAGUCACAAGAUGGCCAGUAAGUCCAAGGCCAGCGAGGCCCUGAAGGUGGUGGCCCGGUGCCGUCCCCUCAGCAGAAAGGAGGAGGCUGCUGGUCAUGAGCAGAUUCUGACCAUGGACGUGAAAUUGGGCCAGGUGACUCUGCGAAACCCCCGCGCGGCACCCGGGGAACUGCCCAAGACCUUCACUUUUGAUGCCGUGUAUGAUGCUAGCUCCAAGCAGGCGGAUCUGUAUGAUGAAACGGUGAGGCCCCUAAUAGACUCAGUGCUUCAGGGUUUCAAUGGCACCGUGUUUGCCUAUGGCCAGACCGGCACUGGCAAGACCUACACUAUGCAGGGGACCUGGGUGGAGCCAGAGCUCCGCGGGGUUAUCCCCAACGCCUUUGAGCACAUCUUCACCCACAUCUCCCGCUCCCAGAACCAGCAGUACCUGGUUCGUGCCUCCUACUUGGAGAUCUACCAAGAGGAGAUUCGAGACCUGCUAUCCAAGGAGCCAGGCAAGAGGCUAGAGUUGAAGGAGAAUCCUGAAACAGGGGUCUAUAUCAAGGAUCUCUCCUCAUUUGUCACCAAGAAUGUCAAGGAGAUUGAGCAUGUGAUGAACCUGGGGAACCAGACCCGGGCAGUGGGCAGCACCCACAUGAAUGAGGUCAGCUCCCGGUCCCAUGCAAUCUUUGUCAUCACAGUGGAGUGCAGUGAGCGUGGCUCGGAUGGCCAGGACCAUAUCCGAGUAGGCAAGCUCAACCUGGUAGACCUCGCUGGCAGUGAGAGGCAGAACAAGGCAGGUCCCAACACAACUGGAGGACCAGCCGCACAGCCCACAUCUGGUGGUGGCAGUGGAGGUGGCGGUGGUGGUGGUGGCAGCAGCGGAGAGAGGCCUAAGGAAGCCUCUAAAAUCAAUCUCUCCCUGUCUGCACUGGGCAAUGUGAUUGCUGCUCUAGCUGGCAACAGGAGUACCCACAUCCCCUACCGGGACUCCAAACUGACCCGACUGCUCCAGGACUCACUGGGGGGCAAUGCCAAGACCAUCAUGGUGGCCACACUGGGUCCAGCUUCUCACAGCUACGACGAGAGCCUCUCCACCCUACGCUUUGCAAACCGAGCCAAGAACAUCAAGAACAAACCCCGGGUGAAUGAGGACCCCAAGGACACACUGCUGAGGGAAUUCCAGGAAGAGAUCGCCCGCUUGAAAGCCCAGCUGGAGAAGAAGGGCAUGCUGGGCAAGCGGCCUCGGAGAAAGAGCAGCCGUAGAAAGAAGGCUGUCUCGGCCCCAGCUGGUUUCCCAGAGGGGCAGGUGAUCGAGGCCUGGGUGGCCGAAGAAGAAGAUGACAACAAUAACAAUCACCGCCCACCCCAGCCCAUUCUGGAGUCAGCUUUGGAGAAGAACAUGGAGAAUUACCUGCAGGAACAGAAGGAGCGGCUGGAGGAGGAGAAGGCCGCCAUCCAGGAUGACCGUAGCCUAGUGAGCGAGGAGAAACAGAAGCUUCUAGAAGAGAAGGAGAAGAUGCUGGAGGAUCUGCGGAGGGAGCAGCAGGCCACAGAGCUGCUCGCGGCCAAGUACAAGGCCAUGGAGAGCAAGCUGCUCAUCGGCGGAAGGAACAUCAUGGAUCACACCAAUGAGCAGCAGAAGAUGCUAGAACUGAAGCGGCAGGAGAUUGCUGAGCAGAAACGCCGCGAGCGGGAAAUGCAGCAGGAGAUGUUGCUCCGAGAUGAGGAGACCAUGGAGCUGCGUGGUACCUACUCGUCCCUGCAGCAGGAGGUGGAGGUCAAAACCAAGAAACUCAAGAAGCUCUAUGCCAAGCUGCAGGCGGUGAAGGCUGAGAUCCAGGACCAACACGAGGAGUAUAUCCGUGUGCGGCAGGACCUGGAGGAGGCGCAGAAUGAGCAGACCCGGGAACUCAAGCUCAAGUACCUCAUCAUUGAGAACUUCAUCCCCCCCGAGGAGAAGAACAAGAUCAUGAACCGGCUCUUCCUGGACUGUGAGGAGGAGCAGUGGAAGUUCCAGCCCCUGGUGCCAGCUGGAGUGAAUAACAGUCAAAUGAAGAAGCGGCCAACUUCUGCAGUGGGCUACAAGAGACCAAUCAGCCAGUAUGCUCGGGUUGCCAUGGCAAUGGGGUCCCAUCCCAGAUACAGGGCUGAAAAUAUUAUGUUUUUGGAAUUGGAUGUUUCCCCACCGGCUAUCUUUGAGAUGGAAUUUUCUCAUGACCAAGAACAAGAUCCACGGGUACUACACAUGGAGAGGCUCAUGAGGUUGGACAGCUUUCUGGAAAGACCUUCCACGUCUAAAGUGCGAAAGUCAAGAUCAUGGUGCCAGAGUCCUCAGCGGCCUCCACCCUCCACCGCUCACGCUCAUGCCUCCAUGGCCUCUGCUCCUCUGCACCCCGCAACGGCGGUAGACCAUGAUUGACGGCCUUCAGUCAGGCUGCCCAUCAUACAGACUCCUAGGACUGGGCAGCCAACCUUGGUUCAUCGCAUCUGAUGCUUGGUGCGCGUGUAUGUGUGUGUGUGGUAUGUAUGCACGCAUGUAUGUGUGUAUGUGUGUGUGUACUAGUGCGUGUGGAGGGGUGAGAAACUGGCAGGUGGUGCCUCUGCCUGUUUUCUGUGUCUCCUUUAUUUAUGUCGUGUUAUUUAUUCAUGGAGCUUGGUUAGUGAGGAGAGAUCCCCUCGCCUGAGCUGCCUGGGCCUGCCGUGGUCACUGCAUUGCCUCCUUUUCUUCUGGCUGGGUAGAUACCUCAGUCAGGCCCCAAAGCUCCUCAUGUCACCUGCCUCCAGAAGGGAAGACGGCUAGUGCCUGAGAAGACAAUGCUUCCUUUUCCCGUUCAUCCCAUAGUCCCCAUCUUCUUGUCCGAUGGUGAGCAGCCCUGACGCUCUCUGGGGCUGGGAAACUGCUGAUGUCCAUUGAGGACAAGAGGUACCCUAAUAGCACUGGGCCUGUACUCCUGGCGGACUGAGCCUUGCCCUCCUCUUUCUGGGCCCCAGACUCUUCCCGCCUCCAGGGCUCUUUCCCAAGGACUUUCAGUAGCCUCCCUGAGACUCAUCCCAGGCUCUCCAGCCUUUGCAAGAACUCAUGGCUUCCCCAACUCUACUUCAUUGCCAGCCCUCUCCACCCUUGUACUGGGAAUUGUGAGCCAAGCAGUUGUUGCCACGAUGAGACCUGCAGGAAACGGAACAGUGUGGAAAGAACGCGGAUUGUCAUCAAGGGAAGUCCCCUCUCGGUCCCUUUGUUUCUGUCUACUCCAAGAAGUUUCUUUGGUGGACAAGCCACCUGUCCUCAUGUGAGGUGUGGCUUCUCCCUGCUUUGAUCACUGUUCCCCAAAGCUGUCCGAUCUCAGCCCCUUACUAAACGCAGAUAGCAACACCCCUCGCUUUUCUCCUUCGACUAGUACAAGAAACUCGCCCAGGCACAAUCUUUGCCAGAUUUACCUAUCACCCCUCUUUCCUAGUCACAUCUUGGGGAACACUGUUUUGUUGAAAACCGAUCCAUUCUUUACUACUUGUGUGAACUGGCCUUCCUCACCUUCCUUUGUGACAGCCCCAAAUGUCUCCAGGUAUUGCAAGUAAUAAGUAAAUUUCUAUUUUAAAAAGUUAAUUUUCAUUGACCUUUAUUUUUUACAUGCAAGAUAAAACUUAUUUUUUUAAGAUUUAUUUUUCAUUAUUUUUCAACUACGUGUGUCUGUGUACAUGAAUGCAGAGGCCAGAGGUAUAGACCCCCUUGGAGCUGGAAUUACAGGUGGUUGUGAGCCACCUAACAUGAGUGCUGGGAAUUGAACUCAGGUCUUUUGGAAGAGCAAUAUGUGCUCUUAACGGCUGAGCCAUCUCUAGCUCCUCUCUCUUUCUCUCUCUUUUUAAGGCAGGAUCUUUCUGUAGAGCCCGCUUCUAGUAUCCACUUGUUAUGUGGCCACCCUUGCCUCGACUUCCCAGGUGCUGGGAUUAUAGAUGUGAGCCCUGAUACCCAGUUUUUAUUUUUAAAACGUUUUUUUAUAUAUAUGCAACCCCACAGAGUUGCUUAGAGUCACUCAGGUUGAGGUAUAAUUGCCAAUGAGAAUAGCCCAUGCUAUGUAAGAAACCCUAUUUCAAAAAAAAAUCAAAGCUGGAGAGAUGGUUCCAUGAUUGACAGUACUUGCUGUUCUUCCAGAGAGACCCAAGUUGAGUUGCCAACAUCCACGUUAGGCAGCUCCAGGGGAUCUGACAGCCUCUUCUGGGCUCUGCGGUGACCUGCACAUACAUGCACAUACCCACCUACAGACACAGACUUACACAUAACUAUAACUAAAGAUGAAAUGAAUUUCUCACAUUCGGGUUUGAACUGAGCAUGGUGGUACAUGCUCUCCUGUAAUUCCAGCACCUAGGAGAUGGAGAUGGGCGGAUCAGAAGUUCAAAGUCUUCCUUGGAUCCAUGGCAAAAGAAAAGAAAUACUAAAUUAAAAAAAUGUUUAACUUAAUUUAAAAUCAUCCAGUUCUAUUUAUCCUACAACAAACGUGGACUUGUUCCCUACUUGCUUUCCUGAUAUGUCACUAGGGAAUAUCCAUGACCUUCUAUUUCUGUUGUUUUUUGUUUCGCUUGGUUCGUUUUGAGACGGGGUCUCUCUGUGUAGCCCUGGCUGGCCCGGAACUCAGUGUGUAGACCAGGCCGGCCUGGAACCUGCAGCCAUUAUCCUGCCUCUGCCUCCAGAGUGCGGAGAUUACAGGCGUGGGUCACCAUGCCUAGCCCUAUAUUAAUCUUUUUCAAGCCUUGGAGCUACUCCGAUGUUGAUGAGAACACAAUUUCUUGACGUAGGAAUUGUAAUUUCUGCUGUCAACAUUUAACAGUUUACUCCUUAAUUAUUAUUUAUUGCUUGAAAAGUUAAGAAAUUCUCUUAAUACUGCCAAAUAUGUUGACUUAUUUUCAAGAUGUAUAUUUUGUUAGGUAGUAAAGGGUAAUUUGUUUUGUUUUUUUUUUUUUUUGGUUUUUCGAGACAGGGUUUCUCUGUGGUUUUGGAGCCUGUCCUGGAACUAGCUCUUGUAGACCAGGCUGGUCUCGAACUCACAGAGAUCCGCCUGCCUCUGACUCCCAAGUGCUGGGAUUAAAGGCGUGCGCCACCACCGCCCGGUAAAGGGUAAUUUGUAAAAGCAAGCAGGAAGUUAGGAUUUCAGGUGCCCUGACUCUGGGAGUCCCUUUCCCUGGCUGAUGAGCAGGUCUGUAAUUUCUGCAAGGCGUGAAGCUGGUAGAUCUGCCAGGAGUUCUGUGUGACGCAAGGGCAGCAGACCAUGCUCGACUCUGGCGGUCUCCUCUGUGGGUCUCUUGCUUAUCUCCACAGCGUUUUCUACUGUUCUGCCGGACUAGAUGGGUGAGCCCCUUGAUUGCCUGUCCUUCACUCAGGAUUCCGAUCAGAGGUUUGGCUGUAUCUGGGACGGGAGCUGUGUGUAGGAUUCGCCCCGUGUGACCUGGGCAUCGAGGGACCUCCCGCUAACUGCAUUGUCAUGUGUAGAUGAAGCUGCAUGUGCCAUCACACCCAUCAGUCGUACACACGGACGCCACGUAGUCUGGGUCACUGGUCCCUCACAGUCUUAUAGCACAAUAUACUCCACUUCAGCACCCCAGCCUGAGGGCCCCUGCCUAUGAUGUUGUAUAUGUGUGUUUAUGUGUGUGUCUGUGUGUGUUAACUGUGCAGGGGGCACUACACUCAAUGUAAGAUACUUUAGGGACAGAGCCACCAGGCGUGGCUGGAUCUCAGUUUGUCUCUCUCUUCCUUUUCUUUUGAUGUAUCAGACAUUUGAUUGACAAAGUAAGGGCCUUAAUCAGGACCAAAUUUCCAUGUCUGUUGUUAUGGUCUUUAAUUAAAGUUAAACAGUGGCCCAUUCUUGUCAUGCUAUACAUAUGACUAUCUGGGACACAUGUAAUAUAUAAAUAUAUAAAUAUAUAUAUAUAUAAACAUUAACCUUUAUCCCCUUGGUUUAGGAUGGAGGCCUUUCUUGUUAAGUUGAAAUGCACCCUAGCUUGGUGCUGCCAGCAGCCUGCAGGCCCCAGCCCUGUUGAGAUUAACACAGUCGACAAUAAAGGGAUGAGUAUCA